AUAGUUCUUUAACGAUUUGCUAUUAUAAAAUGAGUACAACAGACGUCAAAGCUCCAUCAACAUCAUCCUCAAAAGACAUGUCUUUUGCCGAAAAGCAAGCAGAACGCAUGAAAAGAUUGCGUUCCUUGCAUUCGGCUAGAAACGAGGCCAGAACGCACAAUCACCAAGAAGUUGUAGCCGAAGAGGCGAGGAACAAGCUUCCAGCGAACUAUGAGGCCAAACGGCGGCAGGCAGAGUGGUUAUUAGAAGAUCAGCAGAAACGGGAAGAGGUAGAAAAGGAAGGUAAAAAUUAUGACAGAGUGAAGCUUCUCAACAUAUCAGCUAUCGAAGCGGAGAGAUUGGAACGCAAAAAGAAAAAAAAGAAUCCAGACCAAGGUUUUUCCACAUACGAACAGGCCACAAUAAGGCAGUAUAACAGACUUGUAAAGAAUAUGCCUGCAGCUGAUAUGGAACAAUACCAAAAACAAAAGGAAAAGUAUGGAGACGCGUUCUAUGGUGGGCCGAACGUUAUUAUUCAUGGUAUGCAUGUGGACAGGAAAGAUGCUAUAGACCGUAUGGUGGAUGACAUUGAAGGGCAGAUUGCUAAACGGGCCAAGUACUCAAGAAGACGCACUCAUAAUGAUGAUGCUGAUAUUGACUACAUUAAUGAAAGGAAUGCUAAAUUUAACAAGAAGUUGGAACGGUUCUAUGGAGAGCAUACAGCUGAAAUUAAACAGAAUUUAGAGCGUGGUACUGCUAUUUAGAAUCUUCAUUUGUUAUUGCCAGAAUAUAUUGUGUCUUAUGUAAAUAAUUCUUCCAUUGCAAGUUAGUUAAAUUAAUAAAAUGUACCUUAAUAGCAUAUCCUUAAAUAAAUUGCUUUCAAACAUGCUCACCUAUUCUUCAAAGUGCCCCUUAGAACUAAUUGCGCUAAAAAAAUCGUGACUUGGUCAGUUCUAGUCUUGAAAAACUAGAUUAAAUUGUUAUGCCGUUUUGGAUUUAUAACACAUUAUUUACUGGCUAUGCUGAAAUAAACUAAUUCCAGUGGCACCAUUUUUUAUCUCGACAACCAUAGUCCCUAAUUUAGAACUGAUUGCACAGAGAAAAAGUUGUGAAUUAGUCUGCAUUAGUCGCUAUAUUUAAAAAUUAGUCACUCCUUAGUUCAGAUAAAGAAAAAUCAUAAACCG